CAGAUGCGACGGAAGUGACAUCUAGUGCGCAUCGACUGGUGUCGAGAGUGCAGCAGACGAUUCUCGAUUUCCUCUUGUGCCAUCUGCUGUAUAGCAUACACUAUGGCGACUUGUUCACGCCACAGGAAACAAGGCCAGUCGGUCUCCCAACGCGAUAUAACUGUUUAGCAGAGGAUACCGGUGGAAUAACAAAGAAAAUGGCCUGAGAGAUGGGGAAAUGUGUCCAUACUGGAAGUAAGACGCAGACCACAAUGUGAACUACAGUUCGAUAUCGAUUGAUUCGGCAAAUGUAGCGUUGUUUAGGAGAGAGUGAAUGAAAAAGGGAGAUAUACACGCUCACAGUGGAUUUCCUUUGUGCUUCCUUCUAUGUGUGACCACCCUGCGAUGCGAAUCUCACCCCCGGGGCCGGAAUAACUACCCAAGGGAUUGGAAUAUGGGUGAAUAUAGUGUCCUAUACUAUAAUUGAUCUGUGUUGAGUGCGUCAGCUAGCGGUCACUACGUUUACUAACGCCACGCCACGAGGUGGGCAAUGUGAUACUGUAACACUCGCUUUUGUGUAGAUGGAAGGGUGUAAAACACACAAGUUCUACCUUGACAGUGUAGCUGUUACACGAAAUGAAAGGGACGGUGCGUCUGUGGAAUAACAUCCACUCUGACAUUGCAGCCUCCUGUAGGUUUACUAACGGCUGUGGUAGUAAUAUAAGCCGGAGCUAUCGUCCGCGUGUCUCACCACACGGGUCAUGGUGCUUCCUAUCUUGCGAAGGUUGUAAUCCACGGCUGUUGACGACAUUUGAUGCAUCCUUCUCAGAUUCUGAAGUCUAAAGCCUUCUCACAACCACGCCAGUAUCAAGGCAAUUUAAACAUUUCUAUAAUGUAGAUAGUUUUAUGUUUAUGGAUUAUAGGUCCCAACGCUCGACAUCAUACCACCAAUAUCAUAUAGUAUUGAAUGUUAAUAAUGCAAGAUUUGAAGUCAUAAUAAAGGUGAAACUUACAGAAGUCAGAGAAUGUAUCGAGCCCAUUGACAGUUAUCUUACUGAUUGGUUGCCGGUCAAGUCGUUUGUCAGAAAGUGUAGCCGGUCGUGUACUUGGAACCGUUGUGAUAUACUUUGAAGUAAGAUAGCACAUUGAUAGAUCCAAGAACAAUAUUACAAGAGCAAGUCCGAAUAUAGAACUGAAGAUAUAAAAGUCAUGUUUGAGGAACCGUACUGUCAGCCUUGAACAAACUCGAACACAUACACAAAGCUAGGUAGUGAUCAAACGUGUAUAAAACUGAAUAAUGUUAUCGAUAGAAAGUCGCAAAGAACCACCUUGUAAAUGAUUCAAGCAAGUUAGACAGAUAUAUACUGCUGUUGAUGAUGGAAUAAUUGAUAAUGGGCAUACAUCACGAGCCGCAUGUCAACUGACAAAUGCGGGUUUUGUUCUGACUGUAGGGUUUAUAAAGACGUCGUUGAUAGUGUUGCAAUCCAGCUGUCAAGAUUUCGCGGUUUAGCGAAGCCCCGGACCCCCCUCGACAUCAGCAGGAAGAACGCAGCUAUGUGGGUACGAUGAAGAAGCAGAAUGUCAGAACGUUGUCCCUUAUCGUGUGCACCUUCACCUACCUGUUGGUCGGAGCAGCAGUCUUUGAUGCCCUGGAAUCGGAGUUCGAGGGGGAGAAGAAGCGUAUACUAGAGGCCGAAGAGGAAACAAUGAAAGAUCGCUACAACAUCACGGAAGAAGACUUUGAGACAUUGAGAUUCACAAUCAUCAAGAACGUUCCCUACAAGGCAGGCACCCAGUGGAAGUUUGCUGGGGCGUUUUACUUCGCUCUUACGGUCAUCACUACAAUAGGGUAUGGCCACAGCACACCGCAAACGGUCGGAGGAAAGAUAUUCUGUAUGUUCUAUGCCUUGGCAGGGAUCCCCCUGUGUAUCGUCAUGUUCCAAAGUGUCGGCGAGAGACUCAACACUUUCGUCACAUUUGUCCUCAAGCAGCUAAGGAAGUGUUUCAGGAUGAAGAAUACAGAGGUUUCUCAGACUAAUCUCAUCCUCGUGGCCAUGAACCUGUCCACCAUUGUACUGACCACAGGAGCAGCGGCCUUCUCCUAUUACGAGGGCUGGGAGUACAUCAACUCGCUCUAUUAUUGUUUCAUCACUCUUACAACAAUCGGGUUUGGGGAUUUUGUUGCGCUUCAGAAAGAUAAUGCAUUGGAGUUAAAACCUCAUUAUGUGGCGUUUAGUUUGAUAUUUAUAUUAUUUGGCCUCACAGUGAUAUCCGCCGCCAUGAACCUUCUUGUGUUACGAUUUUUGACGAUGAAUACCGAAGAUGAACGAAGGGCGGAACUGGCUGCUGUUGCGGCUGCGCAGGGUGCUGUGCGGCUGGACGGGGACGUUAUUACUGCAAAUGGCAGUGUGGUUUCAGGUGCUCAGGAAACGCCUGAAUAUAACGAUCUGAUAUCAGUAUGUUCUUGUUCAUGUUAUAACCUUCGAUCUAAACAUAAACCCCGGUAUAAAGUGACUCGAGGACCGGGAAAGAUCGCUCAUCUUCUUCCCAUGAAGUCCUCAGCAGCAAAAGAGGACAGUCAAAGUGGUGGGGUCGAGGAUACGAACUCCUAUUUGCAAUGGCAAAUGCUCUCCCGGAAACGAGCUUCGAUAUGACGGCGGAUAUGGUUAAGACGCCAUGUUUGAUAUUCCAUGUUAAAGUGCGCUUUGUUGACUACGGGGGCGAGUGUGGCGCCCUCUGGUGUGUACAUAUUUCAUAUUCUACUACCUCUUCAAUCGGACCCUGAUCUGAUAAUGGAUUUCGUUACUUCAUUUACUUGAUUGCAAGGUCUUCCGUCAUAUCUUAUCUUAGCUCACCUUACCGGCAGAUAGCUGAACGGACGAGUUGUUAGCUCACCUGAUGAGCACAGUGAUGGAUGGAUGGACGCAUAGAGAAAUAUAACUUGGAUUAUAUAUACAUAGAUGUGUGUUGACAGUGUUGAUUUGAAGUUGACAGUUAUGGUGAAUCUGGAAGGGUUUCACAUGUUUUAGUGUGAUUCUUUGUGAAAUGUUUGUUUUAAAGCUCAACUAUCAAGCAUUACCCUAUGUUAUUAAUGCAAUAUUAUCGAUGUUGCCCCACAAUGAGGGAGUUAAGGGUAAAAUGUUUGUAUAUGCGGGGUAACAUAAUAAAAAUUGUUCAGAAGAAGGGAGGAGAUCGUUAAUGGCAUGUAAAUAUAUCGAAGUAGUGUAACAUCCUAAAUUAUAAAUUAUUCUUAACAGAUAUAACCAAACGAAAGAUAUUUCAAUGUAUUGUCAGUGGCUCAUGAUACCACUUGUGAUAGCUUUGACAUUGUGGGUACCGGGAGUUAUUUCACGACAUGCAUUUAGUCGUAAAGGAGAAUAGGUUUUACCUCUGUAAUAGUCACAGAUGAGAGGUGUUCGCAUCUUUCUACAUCCACACCUGUUCUCUCUUAUUACACUUUUUCCUUUAAUCAACCCAGUUAGAAAACUAAUUCCGAGAUGAUCGCGAGUUUUUACAUAAAUAUAAGUGAGACAUUUGGAUAUCAUAUGUUCCAUCUAGGCCAUGUUGGAUUGUCCAUUUGUUUCAACCCGUUCUGGUACAGCAAAUACUAUUAUUGUCAAUCAUGUUUUGUCAAGUGAUGAACAACAAUCUAUAAAGGCAUUUUUUGACGUCUGUACAUGAAAUUAUUCCCGACUUCAGUCCAAUAUGUUUGAUUGAUACAAUUCUUUUUUCCACAAUGACAAAUAAUAAAAAUGUAUCUAUUUCUCAGGCACGUGCACAUUCAUACACAAUUUGUACCUUUUCAAAAUGUUCUCCUUUUAUGCAAAUAUCAGAUGACUUAUUCAAAGAUAGCCACAACACAAUGACAAUAGUUUAUCUUUCAUAUAUUUCUUAGUGAAUAGUGUUUACGUCUCCGAUUGAAACUGUACGAUCACGUUGUGUUUGUUUCCUUUAUUCAAUUUGAAAAAGAAUUCAUUUAAUGCUCUUUUCACCAUUUCAAGCUUCUUUGACACGUUUUUAUACAUUGUGCUAUAAUCGCAUGGCUGGUUUUGUCAAGCGGGUUAUAUGUUUUAUGAUAUAUUAAGUAAGUUAAUGACAGAAGAUUAAUACGCUUCUGUACGGCACAGCAUUAAAAUGUUGAUAGAUGUAUAUUGAUUCGAAAUUGAAAAGAUGAAAUCAGAAAUCAAAGCAUGUUGCUCCGCACAGUGAUGUCGAGGAAUGCAGCAUGCUCAAGUAAAUUCUUCUAUGAAUCCCCUGUUUGUACGGAAAAUUUUUGUUUAAUGUUCACAGAUGUCAUAUCAGUACUACAUAUGUCGUACUUUAAGAUUUACUACUUCGAUUUAUUUAAUUUUAUUCUGAUCACCUUUGUCAUCAACCGUUCAUUUUAUGCGGAAUAGAAUUUGUUACACUAUCACCAAUAUCAAACCCUAUUUGCAUAAUCAUUUUCAACUAAAAUAUACUCACCGUCAAAAGAAACGCGAAUACAACACAUGUUGGUUAAUAUAUGAAGACUUAAUCAUAUUCAAGAUCUAUUAGAUAGGUUAGAUGCACACACGAACUUACUGGUAUGUUGUGUGAACCGACGCUCAUGAACGCAUCACAUGUGACGUCAUAGAUCCAUGACUCGGGAUCCACCAUUUGUCUCGUGCAGGAUUUGCGUGUAAAGUUUGGAAAUCACGUGCAGCAU